CAAAUUCAGAAGCCUUGCCUCUCAAAACCCUAAUUCCACCUAGCACCCUGAUGGCCGAUGACAUGCCGGUGUCCGUGUACCCUCCCCCGCCGUUGUCGUCAACACCUGCAACGCAGCCUCCGCUCAACCUCUCCGCACCACCGUCCCCCUCUCCACCAUCCAUCCCCUCAGCCUCCGUGACACAAAUCCCAAGCACCCAAAACACCCUGGCGUCCCCAGAUCUGGACUCCUCCUCUUCUGAGGAUGCACCCGGCCAGUCUGUGCUCCUCUCUCGCAUCUUCAAGUCCGAGCGGAUCGAGCUCUCUGAUGAUUGCCUCUCUGCAGCUAGCAACAAGGGCUACCGCAUGGUGCGUGCCACCCAUGGCGUCACAGCGGGGGCCUGGUACUUCGAGAUCAGGAUCGUGCACCUCGGUCCCACUGGCCACACCCGCCUUGGAUGGGCCACCAACUGGGCUGACAUCGAUACGCCCGUUGGCUAUGAUGCCUACGGGUUUGGCUAUCGUGAUGUCGAUGGCGCCAAGGUGACUAAGGCUUGGAGGGACAAAUAUGCUGAUGAAGGGUAUGGGGAAGGAGAUGUCUUGGGGUUCUACAUUUCUAUGCCUAAUGGGGAGCAAUAUGAACCUAAGCAACCUAACAAGGGAAUGCCCCUUCAUGUGCAAGUCCCCAAGAAGGCGCAGAAGAUUCCAGAUCCUGUUCCCGGUAGUGAAAUAUGCUAUUUUAAAAAUGGGAUAUGCCAAGGCAUUGCCUUCAAGGACAUACCUGGAGGAAGGUACUACCCAGCCGCGUCGAUGUAUACGGAGCCUGGCAAUCCAAACUGCAUCAUCAAAUUCAAUUUUGGGCCAAAAUUUGAGUUCUUGCCACAGGAUUUUGGAGGCCUGCCAAUUCCUCAGCCAAUGAGCCUGGUGCCUCAUCAGGCGUAUGAAGUGAAGAAUGAGGAGCCUACUCAAAAUGCCAUCACUGGUUAAACUGACAAGUGUGGCUAUAUCAUGUUGUUUUUUUAACUAUGUCGAGUAAACGCCAAUCAAGCCUAUAUCUGGCUGGAUCUUGGUGAAGUUGGCCGCGCAACAGUUAUGUCUGACUGGAUUAAUAAUGCUUAUGUUGUUACCAAUUGGGUUUGAUCUUUCCUCUCCCUUGGAUGGGUUAUGAAGUUAUUG